AUACACAACGGAGAGCUUCCAUAGGCAGCACACCUACCUAACACAGACACCACAGUCCACAGCUCAGACAAUAGUAUCAUCUAUCACGCAGCAGCAGCUGAAACUGAAAGGCCGAGCAACCAGGAAUGAAGGGAAGCAAGGUCCACGAGCACGAGGCCGACGUCCCCGCCUCCGACCUCUGGGCGAUCUACGGCACCCUCCGCGCCGGCGAGCUCCUGCCGGAGCUGCUCCCGCACGUGCUCGCCAAGGUCGAGCUCAUCAGCGGCGACGGCGGUGUUGGUACCAUCUUGCAGCUAAUACUUCCUCCUGGGAUUCCUGGGCUGCAGAGCUACAAGGAGAGGUUCAUCAAAGUCGACAACGAGAAUUACAUCAAGGAGACAGAAGCCAUCGAUGGCGACAUUCUGAAGCUGGGGUUCCUGGCCUACAUGGUACGGUUUGAGAUCAUUUCAAAAGGGGCCAACUUGUCGGUGAUCAGGACGACUAUCGAGUAUGAGAUUGAAGAUGCGCACCCAGAGCUUGAAGCUAUGGUGAGCAUCGCAACUUUGGCUGCAGCUGCUGAGAAAUUUUCCGAGCAUGCUAAGGAGAAGAAGGUCCCUGCUUCAACCUCUUCUUGAAAAAACAAAAUCUCAAGAGCCGAUCGAGUUUAAGUGAACUACAGUUUCAACGCUUUGUGUGUGUGUUGCGUUUCAAAUGUACUCCUGCGUUGCAGUGAAAUGGGAACCCUGAUCGUACGAAUCACAGAUACCUGCUUUUUGUUUGGUUUGGUCUAUAUUAUGACACUGUCCACCAUAUUGUUCACUGUUUUAUAGCUAUGGCAAGGUAUUUCCAUGAACCAAAAUUCA